GAGGAUGUGUGUGUGUGUGUGUGUGUGUGUGUUAACCCCAGUCUUGUAUUGGUACAGAGGAUGUGUGUGUGUGUGUGUGUGUUAACCCCAGUCUUGUAUUGGUACAGGAGAUGUGUGUGUGUGUGUGUGUGUGUGUGUUAACCCCAGUCUUGUAUUGGUACAGAGGAUGUGUGUGUGUUAACCCCAGUCUUGUAUUGGAACAGAGGAUGUGUGUGUGUGUGUGUGUGUUAACCCCAGUCUUGUAUUGGAACAGAGGAUGUGUGUGUUAACCCCAGUCUUGUAUUGGAACAGAGGAUGUGUGUGUGUGUUAACCCCAGUCUUGUAUUGGAACAGAGGAUGUGUGUGUGUUAACCCCAGUCUUGUAUUGGAACAGAGGAUGUGUGUGUGUGUGUGUGUUAACCCCAGUCUUGUAUUGGUACAGAGGAUGUGUGUGUGUGUGUGUGUGUUAACCCCAGUCUUGUAUUGGAACAGAGGAUGUGUGUGUGUGUUAACCCCAGUCUUGUAUUGGUACAGAGGAUGUGUGUGUGUGUGUGUGUGUUAACCCCAGUCUUGUAUUGGUACAGAGGAUGUGUGUGUGUUAACCCCAGUCUUGUAUUGGAACAGAGGAUGUGUGUGUGUGUUAACCCCAGUCUUGUAUUGGAACAGAGGAUGUGUGUGUGUGUGUUAACCCCAGUCUUGUAUUGGUACAGAGGAUGUGUGUGUGUGUUAACCCCAGUCUUGUAUUGGAACAGAGGAUGUGUGUGUGUGUGUUAACCACAGUCUUGUAUUGGAACAGAGGAUGUGUGUGUGUGUGUGUUAACCACAGUCUUGUAUUGGAACAGAGGAUGUGUGUGUGUGUUAACCCCAGUCUUGUAUUGGUACAGAGGAUGUGUGUGUGUGUUAACCCCAGUCUUGUAUUGGAACAGAGGAUGUGUGUAACAGGAAGAAGAGAAGCUCUACCGUCAGACAGGAAGAAGUGGGAGAAACAACGUUCGUAGCUCAGAUGACUGUGUUUGAUAAGAACAGGCGUCUGCAGUUGUUAGAUGGAGAGUAUGAGGUGUCUAUGCAGCAGAUGGUGGAAUGUCCUGUCAACAAGAAGAGAGCCACCUGGGAAACGAACCUGGAUGGAAAGCUCCUCCCUCCGUUUGAGACGUUCUCCAAGGGUCCUACUCUCCAGUUCACACUGCGUUGGACAGGCGAGCCCAGUGACAGGUCGACGGCCCCUGUGGCCAAACCCCUCGCCACGCGGAACGCUGACGCUAGCAGCCUGACCUCCGACCCUAAGCCCUGCUCCCUCAGACCCACUCAGACCGUAGCUGUGAAAGACUCCUUCAGCAGUACAGAGUUUCAGAUGAGACAGGAACACACACUUGAGGAACCAAGUGACAAUCUACGCAUAUUCUACCAGUUCCUGUAUAACCACAACACACAGCAGCAGACUGAGGCUAGAGAUGACCUCCACUGUCCCUGGUGCACUCUGAACUGUAGGAGACUCUACAGUCUCCUCAAACACCUCAAACUGGCCCACAGCAGAUUCAUCUUCAACUACGUGGUGAGAGCGAGGGGAAGCAAGAGAGAGAGAGACCCAGUGACAGGGUGUGUGUGUGUCUGGUGUACUCUGAACUGUGGAGGACUACAGUCUCCUCAAACUGGCCGACAGCAGAUUCAUCUUCAACUAUGUGGUGAGAGCGAGGGCAAGCAAGAGAGAGAGAGACCCAGUGACAGGGUGUGUGUGUGUCUGGUGUACUCUGAACUGUGGAGGACUACAGUCUCCUCAAACUGGCCCACAGCAGAUUCAUCUUCAACUAUGUGGUGAGAGCGAGGGGAAGCAAGAGAGAGAGAG